UGUGCCACAGGUGUUUGUUUUCCUCAAGUUCGGCGAUGAUGGCGGCUCCCGAGGAGCUGUCCAUGGACUCAAUCCGAGCCUUCAUGCUGUCCAGGGGCGGCACGGUGACCAACCAUGAGCUCGUACGGCACUUCAGGUACUUCUUAUCCAACGAGGAAACGAAAGUUCAAGCAAAAAUGUACUUCAAGGAAUACGUAAAUACGCUGGCUCACAUAAGCAAGAAUGAACACGGCGAAAAGUACCUGACCCUGAAGCCCCGCUACCAGGUCUCGGCAGGCCCUUAUUUAGGUCCUGCGUGUCCCGCCUCACCAAGUCCGUCGUACAGCGGUUCCCUCUUGUCUGUUUCGGGGAUGUCAGUCGAAAACCUGAUAGCCGCCGACUCCCCUGGCCGAGUGCCGCCCCCAUACCGGCCUCCACCGCCCCCUGUGGUCUCUCCGCAGAGAUUCGGUGGUCCGGCGCCACCACCCUAUGUAGGCCCUCCACCUGCCCUCCGCUUGGUUGAAGGUCAGGAGGUGAUGGGCAUGGACCCGCCGCCUCCAGUGCCCCCACGGAGGCGCAGCUCAGACAGGAGCCUUGGCAGCAAGGAGAACUUGCUGGUAGGGAUGGAUGUCCCUGCCGAGCCUGUGUUCGGGCCCAAAACUGAAGGACAAGAACAUUUGCACAAAAGGGAGAGUGCUUCGUCACUGGAAAAAGAACCCGAGGCGAAAAUCAGCGUCAAAGAACGCACGCAAAAAUUCAACCGCAUGGCCUCCGAGGGCGACACGCGACAAGUGCUCCAGCAGUUCAACAAGAAGAAGAUCGACAAGGGUGCUGACGAGGAGGAGGCGCGGCCGUUGGACCAGAAGGACCGCGAGUGGCUGGCCAAGGCGUCGCAGGUGGACUACCAGGCGCUGGCCAAGUUGGCCGCCGAGAAGCCCAAGCUCGUCCUGCUCACGGAUCCGUGCGUGGUAAGUGGUGAAAUUUAUUUGACAGGACCGCGCCUCAAUCUCUUCUUCUUCUUCUUCUUCUCUCAUUGCUCUAGGAAGAUCGACUUUAUUUAUUUCGCUCGUCGCGCGCGCUCACGAGUUUGAUAUUCGUAUUUCUUUUGCAUAGCACGUCGAGUCGAAUCGCUCGGCGGCUGUGUCGCGCGCACAUUUAUUUAUAUUCACCGGCCGACGGUGUAAUAAGAGCGACAGAAACUUCGUAUUUUAUCGUGGCCUCUCUCUCUUGCUUUUUCUCUCGACGAGAAAGAGUGUAAUGCACGCCGCGCAUAAAAUACGAACAAAUCGCCGAGCGCGGCGCACUUUAAUAAAUUUAUUAUUGAUAAAAUGUUGCGCUGAAUAAAAUGGGCUGCCCGGUGUGCACGGCGGCCCAUUUCCAUACACACUCACUCACACACACGCGCGGCCCGAGAUAAGAAUUUUUAUUACAUAAUCAUGGCGUGUAAUUUACAUGAAAUGGAUAUAAAUUUCUUCCCUUUUUGUAAUAAAUUUAUUUGGCCGUGUACAAGAUUGAAUAAUGUAUGCGCCGG